AUGCACUAUUUGGAUUUUAAUUUUGAACAAACAUCAGCACAUUCCAAGGUGAAUACUAUAUUUUCAGUAUCACACAUACCUACUACAGAUGAACAUCCAAUUCAGAUUCAAAUUCAAAUUGAUGGUGUACAAGUUAAUUUUGAAUUAGAUACAGGUUCUCCUAUUACGGUUAUUAAUGAAAGUGUUUGGAAAUCAAUCGGAAAACCUGAAUUAAACCCAAUUAAAUUAACUUAUAAUAGUUUUUCAGGUCAUCCGAUUUAUUUUAGGAGUGAGGCUCUGGUUAACGUGAAUUACAAUGGUCAAAAUACACGACUACAUCUAUUAGUUGGUGGUACAAAUCGAAAUAAUAUUAUUGGUCGUAAUUGGAUUCAUGCUUUACAUAUUAAUACACAAACACUUGAUGAUAUUGUUUUGAAGAACAAAAUCCUUCAUGUUAAUUCGGAACUUGAUAAUCUAGAUCAACUUCUUAAUCAUUACCAAGAGAUUUUCAAGAAAGGUUUAGGCCGUUGCAAAAUCAAAGCCCAACUUCAUAUUAAACCAAAUGUAACACCAAAAAUUUGUAAACCUCGUUCAUUAUCAUUUGCUUAUCGCCAAGCGGUGGAAAAUAAUUUAAAUCGUCUUGUUUCUGAACAGGUCUUAGAACCAAUUAACACCGCCAAAUGGGCUGCUCCAAUUGUAGUAGUUCCAAAACCUGCCGAUAAUGUUAGAAUUUGUGCAGAUUUCAGCACUGGAGUUAAUGCAGCAUUAGAUAUUGAUAAAUAUCCAUUACCGAAACCGACUGAUAUUUUUGUUGCACUUAAUGGUGGUACAUUAUUCAGUAAAAUUGAUCUAUCUGAAGCUUACAUGCAAGUCGAAUUGGAAGAUAAUACUUCUGCACCAAGUAUAUUUCAACAAAUAAUGGAUCAAAUGAUUGCUGGUUUAGAUGGAACAAUUUGCUACUUAGAUGAUAUUAUAGUUACUGGGAAAAAUAAAAUUGAUCAUUUAAAUAAAUUAUUUAUAAGAAUAAAAGAUUUUGGUUUUACUAUUAAUAAAAGUAAAUGUGUAUUUUUACAAAAUCAUGUCGAAUAUUUAGACUUUAUUGUGGACAAGAAUGGUAUUCAUUCAUCUCCUUCAAAAAUCAAAGCAAUUAUUGAUAUGCCUAAACCAACAAAUCUUUCUCAAUUACGUUCAUUCUUGUGUAUGAUUAACCAUUAUUCAAAAUCCAUACCCAAAUUAUCCGAUCGCUUAUCGGUUUUCUAUUCGUUAUUGAAAAAAGAUACUAUUUGGAAUUGGAAUGAAACAUGUGAUCAAACAUUUACAAGUCUUAAAAAGCUUUUCACUUCUCCAUUAGCUCUAACUCAGUUCGAUCCAACAAUUCCUUUAGUAUUAGGUGCUGAUACAUCAAAUUCUGGAGUCGGUGCUGUUAUAUAUCAUCGAUAUCCCGAUGGAUCUGAAAAAGUGAUUGCACAUGCAUCAAAAACAGUGACACUCACUGAAAAUCAUUAUUCACAAAUCGAGAAAAAGGCACUGGCAAUUAUUUAUGGAGUAGAAAAAUUUGAUCAAUUUCUUCGUGGCCGUAAAUUUACUUUACUAACCGACCAUAGACCAUUAACGUUUAUAUUCGCUUCAAAAGAAAAAGGUAUUAAUACCAAUGCGGUUAAUCGUGUACAACGUUGGGCUAUUCGACUCAUGGGAUAUACAUAUGACAUCGAAUAUUGUUCAACAGAUAAAUUUGGUCAAGCUGAUGGACUUUCUCGAUUACCAAUUGGAUCUGAUAUUAAAUUUGAUAAACAAGAUACUGGUGAAAUUAGUCUUCUUGCUAUAAUUCAAAACGAAUAUCAAAAUAAUUUACCACUUCGUGCAUCACAAAUUGCUCAAGCUACUGGAAAAGAUUCACUUCUUAAACUUGUUUAUGAUUAUAUUCUUUCAGGUUGGCCAUCAAAACAUCCUGAACUUGUUCAACCUUAUUUUAGAAUUCGAAAUGAAUUUUCAACGUCAAAUGGAUGUAUUACAUGGGGUUUACGUACAAUUAUUCCAUCUUGUUUUAAAAAUCGUCUUUUAAAACAUCUUCAUUUAACACACUCUGGAAUGAGUCGAAUGAAAGCAGAAGUUCGACGUUAUUUCUGGUGGCCAUCACUUGAUAAAGAUAUUGAAGAUCUUGCUCGUAAGUGCCAAGCUUGUUCACAAAAUUCUAAACAACCAGCUAAAGUUCCAUUACAACAAUGGCAUGGGCCAGAGAAACCUUGGCAACGUAUUCAUAUUGAUUUCAUGGGUAAAUUUAUGGGUUUAUAUUUUCUCAUUAUUGUCGAUGCACAUUCAAAAUGGUUGGAGGUGAUUAUGAUGAACAGCAUUACUACUGCAGCAACAAUUGAUGCUUUAUCAUCGCUUUUUGCUCGUUAUGAAACAACUCCUCAUGCAACAACUAACACAAGUCCAGCUGAAUUAUUUUUAAAAAGACAACUACGAACUGUAUUAGAUUUAUUACGUUCGAAUGCAAAUGAUCUGUCAAAUGCUGCUCGGCAACGUUAUCGAAUGAACUUUGAUCGACACACAAAAGAACGUUAUUUUAAUUCAGGUGAUGAAGUUCUUGUACGAGAUUUCAGAUUUCAUCCAAAUAAAAUUAAUUGGACACCUGGUGUACUUAUUCAGCGUCAAGGAUCUUGUAUUUGGGCCAUUAAAGUUGGAGAUAAAAUAUGGCGUCGACAUGAAAAUCAGAUUAAACAUCGAUAUUGGUCUAGUGAUGAAGAUUUUAUUACUAUUAAUUCACCUACAUCAAAUACAACAACUGAUCUUGAGAAAAGUUUAACAUCAUCUACUUCUUUAUCUGAUCUGGAUCCUCAAACACUUCGACGUUCAUCACGAUUUAAAAAACCAACACAUCGUUUAAUAGAAGAAAUUUAA